ACUGCAUGACUCCAAUUUUCCCGGAGUCUUCUUAUUGCAUUUAAUUCAUACCAAUUCACAAGGAAAAUGCUUUUUUCUCUUCUUCUUCUUCAAGUCCUUCCUCACACUUUUCUCUCACUCUGUAAUUGGAUUCCGUGUUUGAGUUUUUUCUUUCAUGCACUUUCUUCUUUUCGAAUGUUUCAGGAAGGAUUCACGACAAGUUAAUUGCAUAGACCAACCAAAACGUCUCACUGAAUGGAUGAUAGCGAGGAUAGCGAUGGAGAAGGAGGUUUGGGGAAUGUAAGUCGCGUUGUGAUCCGUCCUCCUGGCCACAGUGGGAAAGCCAAGAGGGGUCACUUGUGCUUUGAUGCUGCCUUUGAGACUGGCAAUCUAGGGCGUGCUGACCUAGUGGGUGAAUUUGAGUACGAUCUCUUCCUACGGCCUGAUACCUGCAACCCACGCUACAGAUUCUGGUUCAACUUCACCGUGGACAAUGUGAAGCAGGAUCAAAGAGUGAUCUUCAACAUUGUCAACAUAAACAAGAAGAAGAACCUCUUCAAGGAUGGCAUGACACCUAUUGUUAAGUCCUCGGGACGCCCAAAGUGGCAACGUUUGCCCAAAUGUGAUGUUUUCCACUACAAAUCCCCAAUACAUCAGAACAACUACGUCCUUAGCUUUGCUUUUGCCUUUGAUCGUGAGGAUGAAGUUUACCAAUUUGCUUUAGCACCACCCUACAGUUACUCUCGCUUGCAGUCAUACCUCUCAGUGCUUGAGACGAAAUUCCCAGAGAAUAGAUUUCAGCGCACAACGGUUUGCCAUAGUUUGCAAAACCGGAAGCUUGAACUCCUGACAAUUGAUCACGUUGAGAAACCAGAUAAGGUGGACAGCAAAAAUAAGCUUCGAGUUAUUUUUAUCCUUGCUAGGAUUCACUCAGGUGAACCACCGGCAUCCUUUGUUGCCCAAGGCCUUAUAGAGUUCCUCAUUGGUAAUCACCCGAUUGCCCAAAUUCUCCGCACUAACUUUAUCUUCAAGAUCCUCCCUAUGGUUAAUCCUGAUGGGGUUUUCUUGGGUAACAAUCGCUGUAAUCUCAUUGGACAGGAUAUGAAUAGAACAUGGCACGUUGCCACCGAAUUCUCUCAUCCAACACUUUGGGCAAUAAAGAAACUCUUUCGGGAGUAUGAUCAAUCAGACUGCUAUCAGUUGGACUUUGUGAUUGAUUUGCAUGCUCAUGCAAAUCUACUUGGUUCCUUUAUGUACGGCAACACGUACGAGGAUGUCUAUAGGUAUGAGAGACAUCUAGUCUUCCCUAAGAUCUUGUCCACUAAUGCUGGAGAUUGGAUUCCCGAAAAUAUGAUGUUCAAUGCAGACGACAAGAAGACUGGAAGCGUUAGGAGAUUCUGUUGUGAGAAACUAAGCGAUAAUGUUAAUGCCUACUCCUUGGAAGUAUCCAUGUGUGGCUUCUACCUCAAGGGGACUCAAACUAUGACUCACUAUACGGAUGAUGGAUACAUGAGACUGGGAAGGAAUCUAGCAAGGACUUUUCUGGAGUACUACAGGUUCAUUAAUGUCCUACCAGUGCCGCUUGCAUCGGAAGUUAGAUCUAAGAGAGGUCGCCCAAAGACUCAUUGCGCUAGAGCUCGAUCCCGUAUUCGACGAGAAGUUCAGGCACGUCCAAAGACAACGAGAACCUACGCUCCGAUAAGCUACAAGGAUCUCUCAGUUUGCUACGACAGCGACACAUCCUACGAAGGAUCCCCUAUUCGUAGCAACUACUACGGCUAUGGGUUCGGUACUAGAUCUACGGGGAAUAUCUACCUCAAUCAAGAUCAGUUCUCCCUGCUUCACAUUCAAGCGUCCAAAUUCAAUACUCUGGACUUUUCUAACGAACUCCGUCCGAGGGCUUCAACAAAAUCCCCUCCUAGGAAUCGUACGGCCUACAACAAGAACGACGACAACGUAACGCUACCUCCAAAGCCUUAUCUAACUAUUAUUGACUUUAAUCAGCUUACAAGAGGCGGACUCGAGCAAGCAGCUAAAACGAAAAAUUCCUCAUUUGACUUACCCAAGUGUAGGUCAUCAAGCAAAGGCAGGCUUCCAUCUAAAUUGUAGAUUUUUUACAAUUAAGUAGUAAAAGAAAGUCUUGAAGAAAAUUUUGCAAGAUUAGUUAUGGAAUUGAGAGGACGUUUUAAGGUUUUUCGGUAUUUCCAGCGACGUUUUGGUUGUUUUUUAGCUGUGAUUCUUUCUUGAAAGAAGCACAGCUUCUGUGUACACUCAAAAAUGCAAAGUCGUCAGAUCGGGCUCAAACUUGGGAUGAGCACGAAUUAGAGUCCCCACAUUCCAAAAAUCAUAUGCGCCAAAAAUCUUUCCGGCCGUCCGUCCGUCCGGCCGGAAUA